CUCACAGACGCCAUAAUGGGACAGAUAAAAUGAUGCGAUGUCUAUCUAAGUCUAUGGGCUUUUCAAGACGCGCCAUCUUUGCUGUCACCGCGUAUAGUUCCUCGCUUUCAGCGCGCACUAAUCACUGAUUGGAUAGCCUGAUGCGCGUUGCAGCGCAAUUCAGCGGGGACGAAAACAACGCUCGCUCCAAUUUACGGGGCGUGACAGCUGAACAACAACAAUCAAGCUUCCGGUUUCUCAUUCUUAGUAGAGAAUUCACCAGCAUGUUCUUGUGAGCGUAAAAUCGCACAAUCAGCAAGUUUAUGUAUAAUAGAUUUACGUGUACACUAGGUACAUUUUAUUAUUUUGUUUGUCACGGAAUAAGAGCACUGAAAGAGCUAUUACUGACUUUGAUACACCACUUUAUUUGACCAUUACACUGCGGACAACUUCCAAUACGGGUUAUUAUGAGCGAAGGAGAGUUAUUCCAUGAGAAGCAGCGACUGGAGUUGUGCGCCAUUCAUGCUCUGAACAACGUGCUGCAGGAGCAAGUGUUCACCAAGGAGGCGGCAGAUGACAUAUGCAAGCGGCUAGCUCCACAAUGUGUGGUGAACCCUCACCGCUCGAUGCUGGGCACAGGGAACUAUGACGUCAACGUCAUCAUGGCUGCCCUACAGAGCAGAGGGUUGGCUGCAGUAUGGUGGGACAAACGCAGAUCAGUACAGAGUCUCUGUGUUGACAAGGUCCAGGGGUUCAUCCUGAAUGUUCCGUCACGUGUCUCUCUCGGAAUUGUGUCCCUCCCCGUCAGGCGGCGGCACUGGCUUGCAGUGCGCCAGGUUAAUGGACACUACUACAACCUCGACUCCAAACUAAAGAGUCCUGUCUGCAUCGGGAACGAAGCAGAUCUCCGUACAUUUCUCAGUGAACAGCUGUCUCCGGACGUGGCAGAGAUGCUCCUGGUUGUGAGGAGAGAUGUGGAGGAGUACGGAACCUGGCUGAACUCUGAUGACCUCAGGAAGUGAUUCCUCUGGCCUGGGCAUUCAUUCAUUCAGCAUGGGACUCAAACUCCUGCUCUACUCUGGAAAAACAAAUAACAUUUAGGAAAACGAGACGCUUAACAAAAAGGACAUCUUUCAGGAAAUGUAUUACUGGUCGCUGAGGAGUGUGGGCACUCUUACACACACGAAGUUCCAAAGAGAAUUUAAGAUGACGAGGGAUUUCUGUCCCAAAUGGCUUGUUUGUAACAGUUUACUGGCCGUUGUUUGGAUUGCUACACUACAGCUGCAUCUAUACCCUCUUUCCUUCUCUCUCUUCCUACUUACGCAUCUAUGCACUGCACUGUCGAGGUAGACCAGUUAGAACUGGUUUGUAUUUUAGUUAUUCUAUGCACCGAGGAGGUACUGGAUGUCGUGUUGACAACCGACUGUGUGUAAAUAAUACUUCUAUGUUCUUGUGUUCUGUCUGCGUCUCUAUCUAACUAUGCAUAUCCAAGUGAAUGGGAGCACUGUCUUUCUGUUACACACGCUCAAACUAUAAACACACAGACUCUGAGGAUAUGAAAAUAAAGAAAAUGUGUGUUAUUUAUAUGUAAGAAUGUGUUACGUGUUGUCUUUCAGUAUGCAUACACAUUCUUUCAGAGGUUUAGCAGUACAGUUCAUUCACAGUUUAGUGAUUUACACAAGUAAUGCCAAAAUGUAUUCAUUGUUACUAUUUUAUUUAUAUUAGACUCUGGAGUGAAAAAGGAUGCCAUUCAAAAGGAGCAUUGAUUAUACCUUACAAACGCAAUUCAAAGGUUAACAAGGUCAGUAGGCAAGGACGGGGUUCAAUGAAAUCUCUGACAUACCAUAUUUAUAUACAUAACAUCCUAUAGAGACCUCAGAAACCCACUGCUAUAUAGAUAGUUAUUGCUAUUUACGGUAGGGCUACUGCAGCACCAGUGGCAGGAGUUUUAUUGCUAUGUGCCUGCUGUCAUUGCAUGGGAUUUGUAGUUCUCUAACGGUCUCGUGGCUGGGAGUUGUAGUUCUCCAUUCAACCUACAGAGAGGGUACUAUAGCCCUCUCUUGAAUGUUCUUUUUAAGUGCAAAGUUUCAUGAUUAUUUAGAUUAGGGAUGGGCAACUCCAGUCCUUGGGGACUUGAUUGGUGUCACACUUUUGCCCCAGCCCCAGCUAACACACCUGACUCCAAUAAUCGACUAAUCAUGAUCUUCAGUUUAGAAUGAAAUUAGUUUAAUCACCACUCCAGCCCCCAAGGACUUGAGUUGCCCAUCCCUGAUUUAGAUAUAUUCAACAGUGAAAUGUACAGUAUAGUAUCAGAAGGUAAUACAAGAGAGAUA